AUGCCAAGCGAAUCCCGCAGCCGGGACCGUCCCGAGCGACGAGAUCGAGAUCGAGACCGCACACGCGACAAGGAGCGCUCACGCCGUCGCGAUCGGGACAUCGAGCGCGAGCGCGAAUACAUCCGUGGCCGACACGAGGAAGCCGACGAGGGCGCUACAACGUCCAGUCCUGGCAAUGCGCGCAGUGCGAAGUAUCGCUUCCGAGGCGAAUCGGGGAAUGAGUCUGCGUCUGCGCGGCAUGUUCAUGAUGGGGAUGAAUACGAGUAUGAUUCUGCUUAUGAGGAGGAGCAGGCGAGACGAAGAGAGCGGAGGGAGAGGAGACGGAGACAGCGGGAGGAAGAGGAAUUGGAUGGGAGACGGAGGGAGAGGGAGAGGGAUAGAUCUAAGGCUAAGGAAUCGCCUGCUACGUCGCCUGUCAAGCGGAGAGAUCGGGACCGGGAUCGAGAUGGGCAUCGGAGGAGACGGGGUGAGAGUGGGAGUCCUGUUAAGGAUGUGAGAGAGCGCAGGCAUCGCGAUGUUGAUGAUGUUGAGGCGGAGGCGGAGGCUAGACGGCGGCGGAGGAGAGAGAGGGAGCGGGAGAGGGAACGCGAGCGUGAGCGAGAGCUUGAUCGCGAGAUGGAGUUUGGAGCUGCUGCUGUGCCUGCGUCGAAGCAUCGCAGUACUGAGUCUUCUAGCAGUGCCUCGCAUCUAUUGAGUCGGGAUGCCAUGGCGCGACUGGCUGCCGAGCACGAUUAUGAAGAUCAACGACAGCAGUCUCACGGUGAAGAUGAUUCUCGUGAUGAGCGACGACGACAGCGAAAACGGGCUGCUCUUGCUGAAGAGGCACUUGGUCCAGAAGUCGCUGAAGGCCGGUCCCGUCAUAGAUCUGGAGCUCGGGUUGUUUCCGGUGCCUUUCUUGAAGAAGGGCGCAGUUCUAUCGCCAAGGUUCGGCAUCGCGGCGGUGGUCCUCCCCCAGAUGAAGACGAGCACUGGAAAGAGGAAGACAGUUGGGAGGGAAGCUAUUCCAGUGGCCGAGGGCCGCCUGCCUGGAAGUUCUGGUCGAAUUGGUCUAAGAAGAAGCGCAUUGUCAUUGCAUGCUUAUUGGCCUUUGUCGUUUUGGUUGGUGUCAUCGUUGCUGUUGCUGUGGUUGUCUCAAAGAAGAACAGUUCCAACUCGACCUCAGGCUCUGAUUCUUCGUCUUCUGGUUCUGGGGGCCCAUCCAAUUCCAAUUUGGAUAGUAUCAGCCGCGACAGCAUUCCGAGCUAUGCGAAAGGCACUGUCCUGGACCCAUUUACCUGGUACGAUACAAACGGCUUCAAUGUCACCUUCACAAACGCCACAGUGGGCGAUCUUUCUCUCAUGGGAAUCAACUCAACUUGGGAUGAUUCUACCCGAGCAAAUGACAACGUGCCUCCGCUCGACGAAGCAUUUCCCUACGGCUCCCAACCCAUUCGUGGAGUCAACAUCGGCGGAUGGCUAUCUAUUGAACCCUUCAUUGUACCGUCUUUGUUCAGCAAGUGGUCAUCUAGCGACGGGAUCAUCGAUGAGUACACCCUGAGCAAGAAGCUGGGCGGUUCCGCAGCAAGCACGAUCGAGAAGCAUUACGCUACGUUCAUCACCGAGUCUGAUUUCCAAGAGAUAAAGCAGGCGGGACUGGACCAUGUUCGUAUUCAGUACUCUUACUGGGCCGUAAAGACUUACGACGACGAUCCCUAUGUUGCUAAGAUCUCGUGGCGCUACCUGUUACGUGCCAUUGAAUAUUGCCGCAAAUAUGGACUUCGCGUGAAGCUCGAUAUUCAUGGACUUCCCGGUAGUCAGAAUGGCUGGAAUCACAGUGGUCGCCAGGGCAGUAUCGACUGGAUCGACGGCACAGACGGCGCACUCAACCGCCAGCGAUCACUCGAAAUUCAUGAUCAGCUUUCCAAGUUCUUCGCCCAGGAUCGGUACAAAAAUGUGGUGACUAUCUACGGUCUCGUGAACGAGCCAUUGAUGCUGACCUUGCCCGUUGAGAAAGUCCUUAAUUGGACCCAAGAGGCUGCAACCUUGGUUCGCAACAAUGGUAUCAAUGCUACUAUUGUUUUACAUGAUGGCUUCCUCAAUCUGGACAAGUGGGAUAGCAUAUUCAAGAACGGCCCCGAUAAUAUGUACCUGGAUACUCACCAGUACACCACCUUUAACACGGGUGAAAUUGUGUUGAACCACACUGCCAAGGUGGAAAUCAUCUGCAACAGCUGGUCUCCUAUGCUCUCGAGCAUCAACUCUACAAGUUCUGGAUGGGGCCCUACUAUAUGUGGCGAAUGGUCUCAAGCCGACACAGACUGUGGCCAGUACGUAAAUAAUGUCGGCCGUGGUACACGCUGGGAAGGGACGUACGACACAAGCGAUUCGACAGCGUAUUGUCCAACGGCCGAUCAGGGAACUUGCAGCUGUUCCGGUGCAAACAAAGACCCGUCUGAGUACUCAGACUCGUACAAAAAGUUCCUGCUGAUGUAUGCAGAGGCACAGAUGUCCGCCUUUGAAACUGCCAUGGGCUGGUUCUACUGGACAUGGCGCACCGAGUCUGCAGCACAGUGGAGCUACCGUACAGCAUGGAAGAAUGGCUACAUGCCCAGCAAGGCAUACUCGCCAUCCUUCAAAUGCGGUGAUACAGUCCCCGACUUCUCCGACCUACCGGAGUAUUACUGA